AUGGCACGCUUCGGUCGUCCGGGCAACAGCCAACUAAUCCUUGAUCUGAUGCUGAUGCUGCUGCUGAUCGUCGUCAAAAAACCGGCGGCCAACGGACGAGGGCUACUAGAUCACGCGGUCGAACGGUCGCAGCCUACCAUUUGGUACAUUUGGUCCGGGGCCUCAGAUUCAAGCAUAUUUCGCAGCCGCUGGCUAGCGCGAUGGAAUCCGCGCACUCCACGCAUACCACUGAUUGAGGCGGCGGCGUUCGGGGAUUGCGAGAGGGCUCGUGUACGAAAGAGUGCGCGAGAAUUUGAAGAAGACAAAGUGACAGAAGCGAACGAAAUAGUGCAACAGCAGCGGACCAUCAUGGCCCUGGAAGACCGUUGCAGCCCCCAGAGUGCCCCAAGUCCACCGCAUCACCAUCACAGCAGCCAGGCUCCGGUUUCGGCGACGACCACGAUGACGGCAACGACGACGUCGUCGUCGUCCCGUAGUUCGCCCGGUAGCGGAGAGAUGUCGCUAGUGGUACCGAUCUCGAUCAAGCAGGAACCGCUCAGUGAACCAACGAACCAACAACAACAGCAACAGCUACAACAACAAGAACAACAAGAACAUGCAACAGCCACGCCGAGCAUUUCCUUCUCGAUCACCAAUAUCCUGAGUGAUCACUUCGGGAAAGCACUACUGCCAGCACCACCCUCACCGGCACCGUCCAACCGUACCAGCCCUCCGGUCUCCCCGUCCUCACCAACUCACUCGCUAAGUCCGUCUUCAUCGUCGUUGUCGCAGUCGGCAGCGGUCGCCAGUGCCGCCGUUGUUGGAUUGCAUCUACCUUAUCCGUUCCAUCCGGCACAUCUUGGCCACCACCACGGAGCGUCCCUUCAUCCGGCGUAUGCCGUUGUACCACCGCACUACCACCCCACUUCUGCACACCUGCUCCAUCAUCACCAUCAUCUCACCUCCUCUCCUUACCAUCAUCCAUCGUUACCGAUCGUACCGCAACCUCAUCGACCUCCUCAGCGACCAACAACGGAAGUGAACGGAAACGGUGGAGGGUUGUUCCGACCGUACGACAUCAGCAAAAGUCCGGCGAGGUUACGGUGCAGUAGCAACGGGAGCAGCACAACGGCCACUACUCCCCUUUCCUCCUCCUGCCAUCCUGCCUACCACACGGACAGUGAAUCGCAGGAUUCCCAUUCGGCCGCGACAAGUCCGGCUACCGUCACCACCGGUGGCGGUGGAGGUCACUCCACCGAGUUGGGAGCCACCACUCCGUCCAUCCCGAACGGCGGCACGUUGGCCGCUAGCCCCACCGGUAGCUACAGUUCCCGCACCAGCCUUCCGGAUGUGUACGAUUUCAGUCGAAAACCGGCGUCAGCGUCUUCGUCUUCGUCCUCCACCCCGGGUUCACUCGACCACCGGGCGGCCCUGCUCAGUGGGUUUGGUGCGGCCACCAGCUACCCGAAGCUACACGAGGAGAUCAUCAACAGCCACCGGAAGUUCCAGGCGAAGCUGAUCGAAUCCCAAUCGAAGGCGGCCGCUGCAGUGGCCGCGGUGGCCUCCUCUUCUUCCUCCUCCUCCUCGUUACCUUCCUCGCUCGGUAGUCUGUGUAAGACGGUGUCCCAGAUCGGUCAGCAUGUGGCCGGAACGGGCAGUCUCGGAAGUACGACGUCGUCGACGACGACGACGAAUGGUUUCGGUUCCGCGACUCCGGUGAAUGGUGUGACCGCAAAGCCAACUCCGCGGCCGAUCCCGAAACCAACGGAAGUGCACAAUGGUGCAAGUGGUGGUGGUGGUUCGUCAUCGCAUGAUGGCGGUAUGGAGUCAUCGGAUGAUGCCAAGUCGGAGACGAGCAGCUCGAAGGACGGCGAGGGUGGUGGCAAUCUGUGGCCAGCUUGGGUCUACUGCACGCGUUACAGCGAUCGCCCCAGUUCCGGUGAGGCGGCAAGAGACGGUCCCCGGUAUCGUCGGACGAAGCAACCGAAGGAGAAGGGCGAAAGCGAAGAGAAGCGUCCACGGACGGCGUUCUCCAAUGCGCAACUGCAACGAUUGAAGAAUGAGUUCAACGAGAAUCGCUACCUGACGGAGAAACGACGGCAAACACUGAGUGCGGAACUGGGUCUCAACGAGGCGCAGAUUAAGAUUUGGUUCCAAAACAAACGGGCCAAGAUCAAGAAGAGUUCGUCGGAGAAGAACCCGCUGGCGUUGCAGCUGAUGGCCCAGGGUCUGUACAACCACUCGACCGUACCGCUCACCAAGGAGGAAGAGGAACUCGAGAUGCGCAUGAACGGUCAGAUCCCUUAGACGACUUCCCCAGGAGUCCGGAGCAGGAGUCCGCUCAUGG